AUGAGGUUAUUCGCAGCAUUAGGUCAGGCUCUUAUGGCUAUGAUCAUAGCUUCGCCUCUUGAACCCCGACAAGGAAUCGAUACUUCGCUUGUCGAUUCAGCGCCAACGCCAACCUCGGUCUCCGUGCCAGUUGGACCUAGCGCCGAUACCACUACCUAUAAUCUAACUGAAGCUACCGAAUCCGCUACGGCAAGCCCCUUACCUGUGGGAACUGAACCGAUCUCUCGUCGGAGCGUCGCUGCCCGACAGACGGCCUGUCAACCUAACCCUACUGGGGCCGGUCCGGUACCAUCUCCUGAUAAUGACAGUAAUUUCCUUAGGUUCGCCGCUUUCGCAACAAUCGCCAGUCAAGCUCCUACCCCUUCAGGAUACAACAGGACCUUCGUAAACUUACAUGCUAGGAGCCAAGCCUACGGAUAUCUCGGCUUUGAUACACUUAAUUCUUACGACACCCAAGGUUGCGCAACCCAGUGCGAUACAAUCUUUGACGGCUGUCAAGGGUUUAACAUCUUCUUUGAAAGAGACCCAUCUCUUAUACCAGCGCCCGGCUGUGCGAACCCGCCUUCAACGACUAAUAUCAAAUGCAUUUUCUGGGGCGGUGACGUCGCAACGGACACUGCGAGCUACGUUGGAGAGAACCAGCAAGGUUUUCACAUAGUUAUAUCAGGAUCUAAUGGGUAUAUGCGGAAUGCUGUUCCUACAGUGCCGGGUUAUGAUGGAGAGGCCACAGGAAACAACACGAUUGACGCACCGGAUGGCGACACGACCGGAGAUCCUACUGUUACUACAACCGUCACCACAACGGUAGACGGAACGACUACAACUAUAACAACGACUACUCCUACAUCGACAGCAAACCCUGGCAAUGGGAGAGGGACUUAUAUCGGCUCCAGAAUUUUUACGAUUACUUUCUUCGAUCCUGCUCUCUGUGCCGCCGCUUGUGAUGCGCAGAAUAGGAACAAUUUAGCUCAUCCUCCCGCGAGGGGUGAGCCGCAGAUAUGCCGAUUCUUCACAACUUAUCUCAUUAAUCGGAAUGGACGGCCGGCUGGGCAAUAUUGCGCUCUGUAUACAAGAUACUACCCUAGAACAUUCGCUACUAAUAAUGGCACGACUGACGGAGACGAAACUCUCUCAGUUCGCCACGCUUUCUCGUACAGAAACACUAGACUCUAG